UGCAAUAGUUACUGAUCUUUAAAACAAACCAUAAAAGUUUUUUUUUCUAUCUUAGAAGAUAAAAUAAAAAUCUUAUAAAGAAGAGAUCACCAUUGGACAUCUCUUUGAUUCCUCAGCUCAAAACUAACCAAACCAACCCACAGAAAUGGGUAGUAGUUUCUUUGGGAGACCAAAAAUGGGUGGAUCUUCGUCUUCCUCACCAACAUCUUCUCCGGCAAAGAGAGGGAAGAACAAGAAUGGUUCUGACAAGCCUAAGCAGCCACAGAGAGGUCUCGGGGUAGCGCAGUUAGAGAAGAUUAGAUUACACAGCGAAUUACUCUGCAACAGUUUCAAUACUUAUCCUUCUUACCAUCCCUCAACUAAUAAUGAUCAGGAGGAUGUGAGGAUUCACGCAGAAUAUUCAUCUAUACCAUCAUCAACUCAUUAUGGCCUUCAUCCAAACAUAAUGAUGAAUGCAAGUAAUGAUCAAUACGAGAGAACACCCAUAAGAUACAGAGAUGCUCAGCCCCACAUAGCAACAAGUUGGAACCCCAACUACGGCAUCUUGGAGAGCCAACAUUUUGUUGAACCUAACAUAACCAAACACUUUUUACAUGAGGACCAGAGAAAUAAAUUGGGAUCGGGUAUCCAGAUGAACUUCGAAACAAGUGACGCAACUGAGCCAGAUUUAGAGUUGAGAUUGUCACUUUGAGUAAUGUAUGAACUCAUGUUAUUUUCAAUGAGGCCAUGGAUUUGUUAUACACUCAAAGCAACUUAGAAAGAAAUAAUAUGUA